AUGUUUUCUCGCAGACUAUUAAGUACAAGCGUGUUUUUGCAAGCUUCCAAAACUUCUUUGAGAAAGACGGUGAAGCCUACCGAAGAUAUUCCAGAUGUAUCAGCAUUUUUGAGUAAGAUUGGAAGAAAAUGUGAUGAGUUUGCGGAAACAUAUGAAAACAAGUGGGAAAACCUUUUUGCCUGGGAUGGGAAAGUUUUGAAGGAAAAGGGCAUUCCAGUACAACAGAGAAGAUACAUACUAAGCCAAGUUGAAAAGCUAAGAAAGGGUGAAGCUAUUAAGGAGAUAAAGAAGGGAAAGAAGUCAUUCUUUGGUGGUGAAAGAAAGAGAAAGGAAACUAUCGCAAAGUGGAGAGCAGAGCAAAGAAAUGCUGCAGCCUAG